CCUGCUGCUCCUGACGAUGUCGAGGAGAAAGCUGGAGAAUAAAAGCCUUUCUGGCUUGUUGGCCACAUCUCUGCACACACCAAUCAAGACAGAAAACUUCUACAAUUUUUAUGUGCUUGAAUCAAAAGAGCUAGGAAGCCUCAAGCAGUUAGACUGAGCUUCAAACAAGCUGCUGUUUCAGAGCACUUCUGCAGCCUGCUUCCCUUGCUCUUGUUUGCAACAGUGAAAUAGGAAAUAAAGCAACAAAGCACCCAAACCCUCGGUGUUUAUGGCACUGUUUCAGCCAUACAAGUGAAUGUGUGUUUUGAAAUCACUGAGUUAAUUCACACCUUGAGAAUACUCAGUGAUUUGGGUUUAAAGCCAUGCAAACGUGAUGCUGUGAUCAUGUUUCCAAGCUCCCUGAACAGAAGUGUGCCAGCUCUGCUUUUGAAUUCUAAGCUCUACAGAAGCAGUUUAUAUGCAGCACCCUCUAGAACUCAGAGGAAGAUGUGCUGUGGUUAGAAAAUGUGUAGCUAAAUCCACAGGCCAAGAGUAUGCAGCUAAAUUUUUAAAGAAAAGGAGAAGAGGUCAAGACUGCAAAGCAGAGAUUGUGCAUGAAAUUGCUGUCCUUGAAUUAAUGAAAUCCAAUCCUCGCAUAGUUAAUCUGCAUGAAGUCUAUGAAACAGCAAAUGAAAUCAUCUUAGUGUUGGAAUAUGCUGCUGGAGGAGAAAUAUUUGACUUGUGUGUCCCAGAUCUGGAUGACAGAAUUUGUGAAAGGGAUAUUGUAAGGCUUAUAAGGCAAAUACUUGAAGGACUUUGCUGCUUGCAUGAAAACAAUAUUGUUCAUCUGGAUUUAAAGCCUCAAAAUAUUUUGCUGAGCAGCAUCAAUCCUCUUGGCGAUGUAAAAAUUGUGCAUUUUGGGAUGUCCCGGAAGCUUGAGAAUUCCAAUGAACUGCGGCAGAUCAUGGGAACCACAGAGUAUCUCGCUCCAGAAAUUUUGAACUAUGAUCCUAUUACCACAGCUACAGACAUGUGGAACAUCGGUGUCAUCUCAUACAUGCUGCUGACACAAGAAUCUCCAUUUGUGGGAGCUGAUGUUCAAGAAACUUACCUUAAUAUAUCUCAAGUUAAUGUGGAUUAUUCAGAAGAAACAUUUUCAUCAGUUUCACAGCCUGCAAAAGACUUCAUUCAAAAACUUCUCAUAAAAAAUCCAGAGGACAGGCCCACUGCAGCAGACUGUCUGUCCCAUUCGUGGCUGCAGCAAGAGGAGCUCACGCUCCUGUGCAGCCCUGAAGAGGUUUGCUGCUCCUCUCAGCUGCCAGGACACACAGCCAAGUGCUCAGAAGAGUGGAGUGUAAAAUCCAGCUGCAGUGGGAGCUGCAGUGACAAGGAGGACAAGGAGAACAUCCCAGAGGACAGCAGCACGCUCUCCAAACGCUUCCGCUUCGACGACUCAUUGCAGUAUCCCCAAGACUUCGUGACAGACUUUGUGUGCUAAUGUAGAACACAGACUUUUCAUGGAAUGAGUUCAGAGUAAUCUGUUCCAGUGGUGAAAAAAAGGUUCUGGCUUGCCAAUUCGUGCAGCAUUGGCAUACUGGAAAUGCACUUUGAUUCUUUUAUGCUGGUGCCUCCUUUUGUAUCCAUUGCUGGCAGUGGAUUUAACUCCUGAGGAAUUGGAGUUGUUGCGCCAAUAAAAUGAAUUAUUUUUUUUAAGAAGAUAUAAUUAAAUAUUUUUGCACUUUUCAAGUUCUAGUCAAAAGAUAAUGCUAGAGUGAACAAACUGAAACCUGCAAAUGAA